GUGCCAUGUUAUGCCCACAAGCUACAUCACCAAUAGGCUCGAAGCCAUCGUUGAAAGUACUACACGUCGCCAUAUAUAUUUUGAUGAAAUUAUAGAAUUGGGGGAGUUGAUCAAUACCAAGACGCAGUUAUUACUUGCUUUAAAAAUGACCUUUAACCUAUCAAAGAAAUGCUCUAGCAUUGAAUUAGGAAAUGAAUGGCAAGAUCGAAUGUCAGACGAGAAAUCGGAUUGUGAAGAUUUAAUUAUGAACUACAGUCGCCUUAUUCAAAUAUGGACAGAGCUGGCCCCCAUCAUCGAAUCAAACGUAAACAUCCACAGAGUAUUGAAUCAUAUCAAGCAAUCCGUAAAAUAUAACCUUGACAAUGUCGAUGAGACGAGUACCGCGUUAGUAAUCCUGCGAGACGAGAUCUACUAUGUCAACAGCAAGAGAUUUCGAAUAUUCUUGGGAAGAAAUCAAUUGCGACUGUUAGACCCGUUGUUUGGAAAUUGGGAAAUUAUGCCAAUUGAAAUCGAGCCCCAGAAUGAGGACUCUUGCAUACACGAAACUAGACCAUAUCUCAUGACCUCAAAAGCUAUCCAACGUAUGAUUGAGAACACUUCAAAAACUAUUUUCGGAUUAAGAGCCGAAAUUAAUGUUGAAACAAUACGAUGAUUUUUUUGCGCCCAAUAAUAAAAAAAAAUUCU